GACAGCAACAUGGGAGGAAAUAAUGACUCUAUAGUGACUGAGUUCAUCCUACUGGGACUUUCCCAAAGUCCUCCUGUAAAAAUCACCCUCUUUGUUCUAUUUCUAAUUAUCUACUUAGUGACCGUAGUUGGAAAUGGUCUCCUCAUCCUGCUCACCAGGGUGGAUUCCCAGCUGCACACACCCAUGUACUUUUUCCUCAGCAACUUGUCCUUCAUAGAUAUCUGCUAUACCACCAGCACUGUGCCUCAGAUGCUGAUUCACUGCCUCUCCAAGAAGCUUUCCAUCUCCCUGACUAGGUGCUUCACCCAAAUGUAUAUCUCUCUUUUCCUGGGCAUGUCCGAGUGCCUCUUGCUGGCUGUGAUGGCUUAUGACCGCUGGGUGGCCAUCUGUAAACCACUACUCUACACUCUCAUCAUGAACAAGAGAGUUUGUAGCUGCCUGGCAGCCAUUACAUGGAGCACUGCUUUCCUCCUGACCACAGUGCCUUCUCUUACCAUGCAAGCUCACUUGUGUGGGUCCAAUGUUGUCAACCACUUUGUGUGUGAAAUCCAGGCCAUGCUGAAACCGGCUUGCUCAGACACGCACAACAACCAGAUUAUGAUGUUUGCCACCAGCAUCCUCACCCUACUCAUGCCCUUUGCCUUCAUCCUCAUCACCUAUACCCACAUCGGUGUGGCUGUCCUGAGGAUCCGCUCUGCCAGUGGCAGGAUCAAGGCCUUUUCUACCUGUGCCUCUCAUCUUACUGUGGUUGUCAUCUUCUAUGGCACAGACAUCUUCAUGUAUCUGGGGCCUCAAUCCAAAUCUUCCUCGGACCAGGGAAAAGUGAUUGGUGUGUUUUAUGGAAUUGUGACCCCUCUGCUGAACCCACUUAUCUGCAGUCUGAGGAACAAGGAUGUGAAGGGGGCACUGAGGAAAUUAGCAGGAAGGAAAAGUUAUACUUGAGGGCUAUGUAUACUUUCUGGGGGAUUUUUUU